UUUAUGGACCACCCCGUCCCAACCAAUCGUAGCGUUCUUGGAUCGACAGUUUGAACUUUGCCAUGCUGAGUUUCGUAUCGUUAAACGUCAUGUCGUCUUUCCUAACGUAAAAGUUGUUGUCCACGAAGAAUGUCGUUUAAUUCCAAAGUGAACGGUCACUCUUUAUUAGAGGAACCAGCAGACAGAGCAGUGAACAAAAUGAAGGCUAUAGUGAUAAGCGCUCCGGGAGGCCCAGAAGUGCUCCAUCUACGAGAGGUGGGAGACCCCGAACUUCGAGACGAGGACGUUCUGAUCAACGUCGCCGCCGCUGCUCUGAACCGAGCUGAUACCUUUCGGAGGAAAGGCUCGCACCCACCUCCUCCCGCUGGUGCCAGUCCCUAUCUGGGUAUCGAAUGCUCCGGCACCAUCCUGGCCGCCGGAAAAAACGUUUCACGCUGGAAAAUCGGCGAUCAGGUGUGCGCUCUUCUCAAUGGGGGAGGAUAUGCUGAGAAAGUGGCUGUUCCAGCUACACAAGUUCUUCCUAUCCCACCCGGAGUUUCUUUGGAGGAUGCUGCUAGUCUCCCUGAGGUGGCGUGUACUGUUUGGUCCACUGUUUUUAUGAUAAAUCAGCUAUCUGCUGGGGAAACAUUCUUGGUCCAUGGGGGCUCCAGUGGUAUUGGUACCUUUGCAAUUCAGAUAGCUAAAUACCAAGGAGCAAAAGUGUUUGUCACAGCAGGGAGUGAAGAAAAACUAGCUGUUUGUAAGGAUCUUGGAGCUGAUGUGUGUAUCAAUUACAAGACCGAGGACUUUGUUGUCCGGGUGAAGCAAGAAACAGAAGGGAAAGGUGUUGAUGUUAUUCUGGAUCAUAUUGGAGCAGCCUAUUUUCAGCGAAACCUUGACAGCUUAAAUGUUGGUGGGAGGCUUCUUCUUAUCAGCAUGAUGUGUGGGGCAGUUACAGAAGUAAAUCUUAGCUGUUUGCUUGCUAGAUGUCUCACAGUGAAAGCUUCUCGCUUGCGAUACAGAAGUCCAGAAAAUAAAGCAGCAAUCGUUAAUGAGGUGGAGAAGAAUGUUUGGCCUGCUAUCAUCACAGGAAAGAUCACACCUGUGGUCUACAAAUCCUUCCCGUUAUCUGAAGCGGCAGAGGCUCACCGGCUUAUGGAAAGUAGCAAGCAUAUUGGGAAGAUACUUCUUGUUCCAUGACAGAAUGAUCAGUUCUCCCCUCUUAAAUGAGUAUGGCUUUAAGACCUUUGGGAUGUGUAUAUGUGAUGUGCGAAUAUCUGCUACAACUGAUGCAUAUUUUUUGUUGCAGGCUUUUAACUUAGGAAACUUGGAUUAUUUUGUACAUAUUGUGAAAUUUAGUGUUGUUUAUGUCCUGUUCCAGUGUGACCUGUUGAAACAGACGUCACUCAACAUAGCAUAGUUCACAUCGAUAAUAAUUUAUGAUA